AUGGGCCUUCCUGAGCCUACCACCCAACGCCACAUUCCCAAGCAUGGCCCGUCCCUGCAAGGCACGAAUGUCAAGGCAGGUAACGACGGGGCAGCAGGUCAAGAGAGCGGGCCUUUCAUGAAAGUGACUUCUCAAGGCGGUCUAUACGGACCCAACGGCUAUCGACUUUUCCAAGCGAUGGAUGUUAUCAAACCGCCACCAGAGAUGGACAUUAGGACUUUUCAGACAUUUUGGAUGGACCAUUGCUUCCAAUUGACCCCGCACGGAGGUGGCAUGGUGAUGCUGGACUACUGCGGCUGGCCAAGUACAAUGGCGCACUACGUAUCCGUCACUUGCGUGCGCUUUGGCGCAGAGAGAAGAAGCUAUACCCAUGAACUCAUCAACGAUUACACCACCGGCUUUGGCGGCGCUUUUACCAGACCGGACAAAGGUGAAAUAGCCGAAUGCCUCAAUCGCGAUAAGGACAAGAUUAGAUGGGCCAAUGACUUGACUCCUCCUGAUCAGCCUGCACGGUAA